GCGGAUCUCUCUCUCUCUCUCUCUCCCUCGCUCGCUCUUUCUCUCUCUCUCUCUCUCUCUCGCUCUCUCUCCUCUCUCCCUCGCUCUCUUCCAAGCCUGUUUUAAAGUCUCUGCCAGACUUCAGCUCAUGCGCUACUUCCUGGAAGGCGGAAUGGAAAGCUUCCAGAGCCGCUCCAACUCUUGUCUCUGUGUUUUCAGCCUGAUGCAUGGACUACUGCUCCUCUAACAUCUCUCUCUUAAUCCACAGUCCCCUUGACAUGUUUCUCUUCUGGACUACAAGCUCAGCCAUUUGAAAGAGAAAAGAAAAACUGUUUCCUUUGGCUUGGUCGAACUUCAAAAGAAAAAAAAAUCUCUCCAAAGGACUCACUAAAGGAGGCGGCCGAAAUACCUUAAAGCGUGUCCAGUGCGUUUGCAUUGCUUGUUUGUGGGAGUUUUUUGUUCACCAGGAGGAUAACUCUGUCAACAGUUGCCUUAUUCCAGAUCUCCAUGUAUACAGUGUGACAUGCGGAGGCUACUGCGACCGCGCUGCUGCUGCUGGUGGAUUCCGCCUCUGCUUUUCUCCACGCUCGUGCUCCGGUGGGCACAUUGUCAUCCCGCAAUAGCUGAGUGGGAGAAAACUGAGCAUCAUGACCGGCCAAUCGGUGACAGGCACCGCAGAGCGGCCGAAGAGUCCUACUGGGCCUACUCAGGGACGUACGGACCAGAUACAGGGUGGGCGGCAGCUUUUCCUGAGUGUCAGGAGAGAAACCAAUCGCCAAUCAAUAUAGCCGACCAAGACACUAAGGUCUCGAUGGAGUACCAGGAACUCACGCUGGACGGGUUUGAUGCAGAGUCGUCCAACAAGACGUCAAUGAAGAAUACAGGCAAAACUGUGGCGAUCUUCCUGAAGGACGAUUAUUUUGUGAGAGGAGCCGGGCUACCGGGCCGCUUCAAAGCCGAGAAGGUGGAGUUCCACUGGGGCCAGAGCAAUGGUUCAGAUGGCUCGGAGCACAGCAUCAAUGGCAGGAGAUUCCCUGUGGAGAUGCAGAUCUUCAUGUAUAACUCAGACGACUUUGACAGUCUUAACACAGCCAUACGGGAGAAGCGAGUAAUUGCGGCCAUGGCUGUCUUCUUUCAGGUGGGAAUGAAGGACAAUCCAGCAGUAGAUCCGAUCAUUCAUGGUCUAAGAGGAGUGGUGCAUCACGAGAAAGAGACAUUUCUAGAGCCCUUUGUGCUCCGAGACCUGUUGCCGUCUUCAAUCGGGAGCUACUACCGUUACAUCGGCUCUUUGACCACCCCGCCCUGCAGUAAAGUGGUGGAGUGGAUCGUCUUCAGUCGGCCUGUGUUCCUCUCCUACAAACAGCUGGAGGCGUUCUACUCCAUCUUCACCACAGAACAGCAGGAUCAUGUUAAAUCCGUGGAAUACCUGCGUAACAACUUCCGCCCACUCCAGAGUCUGGACAACCGAGAGGUCUUCAAAUCCGCAGUCAAAGAUGCUUGGCUGCCUGACUUGACUGACAGCCUGGGGAACCCGUACGGCACAGAGGCUUCCAAAGCAUGCAGCAGCGCCCCGAUCAACAUGAACGUCCAGCACACGAACAAGACUGCAUUAGUCGUCCGAUGGUCCCGUCCGGAGAUCACCUACGAUCCGCCCAUCAUCAGCUACCUCAUUUCCUACAGCUGGACCAGAAACGAUGAGUCAUACGAGGAGACGUACGUCAAAGGAAGUGAUCAGAAACUGGAGGCUGUCAUCACGCCAGUGUCACCGGAUGUGCUGUACCUGUUCCGCGUCCAGGCAGUGUGUUUGAAUGACAAGCGCAGUGACUUCAGCCAGAGCAUGCUCUUCAGAGCCAACACCACCAGGAUAUUUGAGGGCACAAGAAUAGUCAAAACUGGGAUGCCAACUGUCUCCCCAGCAUCCUCAGCAGACAUGGCGCCAAUCAGCUCCGGUUCCUCCACCUGGACUUCCUCUGGUCUUCCGUUCUCUUUCGUUUCAAUGGCAACUGGGAUCGGCCCCUCUUCCAGCGGCAGCCAAGCGACAGUAGCGUCCGUGGUGACCAGCACCCUCCUGGCAGGGCUGGGUUUCAGUGGAGGGGUCAUCUCCUCCUUCCCCAGUUCGAUCUGGCCCACCAGGCCUCCGCCCUCGACCUCUGCCUCUGCCUCCACCCGCCAGACCCCAGCCAAACCUAUGGUGACCACCACAGAACCGACUUCCUCGCCAGCCUCUGACGCAGACACCACUGCAGAGAGCGAUAGAUCUGAAGAUGGAGGGGAUAAAGGAGGGAAGGGUGAGGAUGAGGACGGAGAAAAGAACGGAGAAGAAGAAGAGGAAGAAGAUGAGGAGAAAGGUGCCGAGGGUAAAGACAGCAGAGUUCCAGACAAUGUCGAAAAGCAGACGAACAGCUCCGUGACGAAAGACCCGCCCACAGCAGCGCCAGAUUCGACAGCCAAAGAGAAAGGGGGAAGUAGGAAGGCAGAAAACAGCACAGAGCCAUCUAGUGUCCCGGAGGAUGACGUGGAGAAAAACACACACAGAAUAGAGGAAGAGGACACGCAGGUGCUGCCGACUGCAGAGCCAGAGGAUGAUGAUAAUGUGACGGCAGUAAUAGAGCCCCCAGACAGCAUGGCUCAGACCAGCAAACCCAGCAGAGGAGACCGCAACCACCUGCCACCUUUCUCUAUACAUACAGAGCGUACUCUAGUCUCCAGCAUGCACCCUGUGCCUGGUUCAGGAAGGAUGGAGUGGAUUAUUCCUCUGGUGGUGGUGUCAGCGCUCACCUUCCUCUGCCUCAUUCUGCUGCUGGCCGUCCUCGUUUACUGGAGGAGGUGUUUCCAAACGGCUCAUUUCUACGUUGAGGACAGUAACUCGCCCAGAGUUGUGCCCAAUGAGAGCAUCCCAGUCAUCCCUAUCCCAGAUGAUAUGGAGGCCAUCCCUGUUAAACAGUUUAUCAAGCAUGUAUCAGAACUCUACUCCAACAACCAACACGGCUUCUCAGAAGAGUUUGAGGAAGUGCAGCGCUGCACAGCAGAUAUGAAGAUCACAUCAGAACACUCCAAUCAUCCUGACAACAAGCACAAAAACAGAUACAUCAACAUCAUAGCCUACGACCACAGUCGAGUGAAGCUCAGGCCUCUGGCAGGCAAAGACUCCAAACACAGUGACUACAUCAAUGCCAACUAUGUGGAUGGCUACAACAAACCCAAGGCCUACAUAGCAGCUCAGGGUCCUCUCAAAUCCACAUUCGAGGACUUCUGGAGGAUGGUGUGGGAACAGAACACCGGCAUUAUAGUCAUGAUCACUAACCUGGUGGAGAAAGGCAGAAGAAAAUGCGACCAGUACUGGCCGACAGAGAACAAUGAGGAAUAUGGUAAUAUUGUGGUGACGCUAAAGAGAACCAAAGUAAUGGCGUGCUACACACUCCGCAUCUUCACUAUCAGAAACACCAAAGUAAAGAAGGGUCAGAAGGGUAACACUAAGGGCCGUCAGAGUGAGAGAACAGUUCUGCAGUAUCACUACACUCAGUGGCCGGAUAUGGGUGUCCCUGAGUACACGUUACCUGUGCUCACCUUCGUUAGGAAGUCCUCUGCCGCACAGACUCCAGAGAUGGGCCCGAUGCUUGUACACUGCAGUGCUGGUGUGGGCAGGACCGGAACUUACAUUGUGAUUGACAGCAUGCUACAGCAGCUGAAGGAUAAAGGCUCAGUCAAUGUGCUGGGUUUCCUCAAACAUAUACGAACUCAGAGAAACUACCUGGUCCAAACGGAGGAGCAGUAUAUCUUCAUCCACGAUGCCUUGAUGGAAGCCAUUCUUGGGAAGGAAACAGAGGUGCCCUCCAGUCAGCUGCACAGUUACGUCAACAACAUCCUGACGCCGGGCCCAGGGGGCAAAACACGACUAGAGAAGCAGUUCAAGUUGGUGACUCAGUGCAAUGCAAGAUUUGUGGAGUGCUUCAGUGCUCAGAAAGAAUGCAACAAGGAGAAGAACCGCAACUCUUCCGUUGUCCCAUCGGAAAGAGCACGUGUUGGUCUUGCACCAUUGCCUGGAAUGAAAGGCACUGAUUACAUCAAUGCGUCUUAUAUAAUGGGCUACUACCGGAGCAAUGAGUUCAUCAUUACCCAGCAUCCCCUGCCUCACACCACUAAAGAUUUCUGGAGGAUGAUCUGGGACCACAACGCUCAAAUCAUCGUCAUGUUACCAGACAACCAGGGCCUGGCGGAGGAUGAGUUUGUGUAUUGGCCGAGUCGAGAGGAAGCCAUGAACUGUGAGGCGUUUACAGUCACCCUUAUCAGUAAAGACAGACUCUGUCUCUCCAAUGAGGAGCAAAUCAUCAUUCAUGACUUCAUCCUGGAGGCCACACAGGAUGAUUAUGUUUUAGAAGUUCGUCAUUUUCAGUGCCCAAAAUGGCCAAACCCUGACGCUCCCAUUAGCAGCACCUUUGAGCUCAUCAAUGUCAUCAAAGAAGAGGCCAUGACCAGAGAUGGACCCACUAUAGUGCAUGAUGAGUUUGGUGCAGUGUCUGCUGGGAUGUUAUGUGCUCUCACCACACUGUCACAGCAGCUGGAGAGUGAAGGAGCUGUGGGGGUCUAUCAGGUGGCCAAAAUGAUCAACCUCAUGAGACCUGGAGUCUUUACCGACAUUGAACAGUACCAGUACCUUUACAAAGCUAUGCUCAGCCUGAUAAGCACGAAAGAGAACGGAUCAAGCCCCAUGUCCUUGGACAGAAACGGCAGUAUGGCCAUGUCUGACGAAUCGGACCCGGCUGAAAGCAUGGAGUCCCUCGUCUAAAGCCCCCGAACAGGCGCGAAGAGGCACUUAAUCUAACUUUGUAAAACUUCAAGGACUAAGACAGACUUUUUCUGAGGCCUUUUUUGCCAGAACUCUUGGUUAAAAGAAUAACCUGAUUACUUUUUUACACUGAUAAAAAGUUUUUGAUAUUUAUUUUUUCGCCAUUUUAUGUCUUAAUGUUAUCCUACUGAACAUUUGCACCGACGUUUUUUGAGUUCACGACAAACAAAACAAAAUGAAACACAGUUCUGUCUAGUUUGCACUAUGAAACUAUCAGUGUUACUGCCUACUCCACCAUCUCGACCACAGUCAGGCCGUCUCGCUCGCUUGAACUCUCACUGUCACACCGUUGUUUUGACAUUCCAUAAUAAAGCUGCUCUCCGAAGCUUUAGAAACGACCGCCACAAACGAAAAACGAUUUCCACGCACACCUCAGAAGCUGGAAAAAGAGAUUAAUCCCACGCCCAACUUGCGAAGACUCGCCACAAAACGCCAGAUUCACCGACGAAAGACCAUAUGAGCUAUAUGGACUGUUAGUUUUGGUUUGUUUAUUUGCUCUGAUCAUUUUGCGCACCCCAAAUAGUAGAUCUAUUCAUUAUGCUUCUAGUUAAACCCAUAUUUACUUUCGAAAAGGUGGUAUUAAAACAGCUACUGUGAACUUUUGUAUGAUUCAUAUUCUGCUUUUAAUAUAUAUGAAUAUAUCGUAUAUCAUGAUAACUUGUGCUUUUGUAAAUGUUAACUGUCACAGUCACUGCGCUCGGUUGAAGGAUCCGCAGAGCUCAUGACUUCUCUAGCACCCCCUGCUGGUUUGAUUUCGCCAUUGCUUUAUGCUGCAAGCUGCUACUUGUGUCACUUGAGUGCGACCGAACAGGUAAUGAUAUCGCAUUACCUAUGGACUCAUAAUGUAGGAGGUAAUUCUGUUAUUUGCCCACUUAAUUUUGUAAUUUUUUACUGCUCUACUUUGUCCUCUUUUUUUUUUUUUUUUAGCUAGCUCUCUGUCAUAAGCCGUCCCAUAACUUUGAGAAUAAUGUAUACAAGUCUCUCGAUGCCUUCUGUACAGUCUCAUUUCACCUCGGCAGGUGUGUGUAUGUGUGUGAUAUAGGUGUGUGUUGUGUUUGGUAUUGACUGGUUUUACUAGAAACCUGUAGACUACGCAUUUCUUCACUAAACAGACUUCUCACAGUGUCAUUUCAUAUCGAUUAUCCUCAGAUACGCUAGGAAAAAUGGUUACUGUAAUAUCAUAAAUGGUUUUCUCAUACCAUACAGCGCAAAGGCCUUGCUAACAUAACAUUAGAAUCAGUCUUAAAAAACAGGGGACCCAUGAUUCAUUAAUUUUUACCAAAGACUAAACUGUCACUCCAUUCACAAAACGUGUGAGAAAGUGUUUAUUUUUAUUGGGAAAGAAGUUUUAAAAAGAAUGUUUUUGAUGGUGUCUGGAAAAACAAUGUUGAAAAGGAUGAUUCCACAGGCAAAAUAAUGUUUGUUUUGUUUUUUUUGUUUUUGUCAAAAUUGUUUCACUAAAAUUGUUUGUUUCACAGGUCACUUUUAUUUUUAUUUUUUGCUUUUUUAUGUUGCAAUUAAAGUGAAUGAGAAUGUAUACAAUUACUGAUUUCUUUUGAUGUGAAGAAGAAAGCUGUUGAAUCUUUGUCUUUUGAAAUGCUUUAGAAAGAUAACGUUAUGAUGUUAAGAUGGAGAAGACACUUAUUGAAGGUGUUUAUUCAAUUAAUGUCUUGUUUCUCCUAAGAAGGAGGCUGAAAAAUUAAGUUACAUCUCUCCAACAUUUGGGGUAAUAUUCUGACUUUGCUUGUACAUCACGUAAGGUCAUUGGAGGUAACAAGUUGCAUUUCUAAAUCUUUUCUUACAUUUAUGUCCUGUGGUGUCCCCUUUUUUUCCUUUUCUUGCCCUAGCAUUAUUUGUGGGUUGCAUUUGCAAACAUAUUUGCAUUAUCAUGUACAUAUCUUUUGUCGCUUCAAUAACCCAUCGCUCUCUGAAAGCUUUGUAUCCUGGCAUAUAGUCGCAAACGUUAUAUUUUCAUAUAAAUCAACUUUGUUUGUUUUUAGUUUUGUGUUUAGUUCUCAUAUUGAUGGUUAACACAAAAUGUCCCCAGAUCCUUCAGAAGGUGGCUGACAUCACAUUCCAAAAACAUUCACAACAAUCAUAAACUAAGGCAGUGAUUGUGGUAUUUCUUUGUUUUUUUCCCUCUUUGAAUCUAAAUAAAAUCUGUUUCAUUGUCCAGAAGUGCAAUAGAAUAGCUCUUCUAAGUCAAAGAAUAAUUCUCUCAUAUAAAGCAGGUGGGUGUCACCAUCAUAUCCUCUUUUUGUAAUCUGGAAUAACACACAAAGGAUUUUUUUUUUCUUGUUUUUUUGUUUUUCUUUUUGUUGAAAGCUAUAUCAAAGCAUUCUAUUAUAGUGUUAUUUAAUAUGUAAAUUGUAUUGCUAUACAUAAAAUAAAAUAUGAGUUUUGAUGUACUUUAAGUAAAUCUCCAUGUUGUA